AUGUGGUAUGAGAAGGAAUUUGAAAUGGGUUUGAAGGAGAGCAGGGAAGUAAGGGUGUCUGAUGACUGGUUUUGGACAGGAGGGGAAGAAGGUCCUCCUGAAGGGAUAAUCUCUCCCCUAGCUCACUCCUGGGAGUCCCAGGUGUCCUUGUGUGCAGGAACCCUUCAGCUUCUUGCUGCAGAGCCUUUGGGUUUCACCAGCCAGAAAGAAGAGAUACACAUCCGCUGUGAGGAAGUGUUUGGCAUCUUGGGAGAAAAUUUUACUUUUCCAGUAAAAAUCGACAAAAAACUAAUGGAAAUUACUUGGAAGAAAAACAAAGAUAAAGUUGCUGAAUCGGAUCAAGGCCAAACAGAGUAUUUUCCUUCUUUCCAGAACAGAGUAUUACUUAACGAGGAGACUGGCAGCUUGACCAUAUUUAACUUGGAGAAGAAAGAUGCUGCCACAUAUGCAUUAGAGUACUUGCCUUCUGAUGAAAAAACUCUCAUCUUAACCUUUAUACUUACUGUCUUAGAUCCCCCUUCUGCACCUACAAUAAGUUGCAACAUCAGUGGUGACGACCUUGUGUUAAAAUGUGGAACAGAUUUCAAGGAACCUCUGACUUAUAGUUGGAAGUUCAGUAGCAUAGCAGACUAUAAGCAGCACCAAGAUGUUGUCAUCCUUAACAAGUGGAAAGUUGAUGCUUCAGAGAAAGUGGCAUGUUUCAUUAAAGUCUCUCAAACAGAAAAGAGCUCUGAAUUCUCUUUGGCUGAAUGCUUCCCAGGGGACACAUAUCACAAAAGAAGGAGAGAUGGUCUUAUUGUGGCUUUUGUUGUCUUGCCAAUUGCAGUUGCGGUAAUAUCAGUGUUCUUGUACAAAAGAGUUAGGUGUGGAUCUAAAAGAGGAAGAUGUAAAAACAGUCAUCAGACGAAUGGCUCAGGAGAAGAGAUGAAAAUUUUAAAUCAAGAGAGCCAAGAUCAAUCCAUUUCAGAUGUCUGCACUGCCCAGAAGAGCAGCCCGAGUGCCAGGCCGGCAGCUGAGCAUGGCGUAAACGAGAGCGGUGCCUCCCAGGUCGCAGGGGAUGGAAGCGGGCAGCGUCUGAGUGGCUCUCGCAGCCCCAGCGAAGGAGAUGUCUGCACUGCCCAGAAGAGCAGCCCGAGGGCCAGGCCGGCAGCUGAGCAUGGCGUAAACGAGAGCGGUGCCUCCCAGGUCGCAGGGGAUGGAAGCGGGCAGCGUCUGAGUGGCUCUCGCAGCCCCAGCGAAGGAGAUCUUAAGUCAUAAACAGAUAAUUGCCGUGUGGACCAAACAGCGUUUUGACCGAAUGGAAGAGAAGUGAUUGAAUUAAGUGGUGAAAGAGCCACUGUCUUUUUUUCUUGGAGGUUUUCCAUUAGCACUGAAAUCAUCCAUAAAGAAGUGUUUUGAAGACUGAUUGAGCUGCUUCCAGUGCCUGUUUUUUUUUUUUCUUGGAAUGGACGGCCUCCUUUUUUGGUGUCACUGCAUGAAGAUAAACAGGCUGAAUCAUGGAAAAAAUCUCAUUUUGUAUUGUUUUGUAUCAAUUUCUAACAAACAGUGCUCUACUAAUACAAAAUAUAAGAGCCAAGGCUGCUAUUUUUAUAACUGAUAUUUAGAGAUUAACAGAGUUAUAUGCAUACACAUGAACGUGGAUGAAUGAAAAACUAAUCAGCUUUCUAUGCAACUUCAGAUCAGUACUUUUUACAGUCAGAAGAAAGAUGGUUCAUCCUUCAAUGGUUCCAAAUGGAUGGAAGUUUGCAUGUACUAGUUUCAGUUCUUCAGCAGUAACUCAAUGCUCCAGACAAAUAUUCUCCAAGAUAGCUGACUCCGGGAGUCAGCAGAAGGCUGACAAAUUGCGACCUUCUUCUGAUGAUGGCUGACUUCAUGAGAUAAAGCUACGGUUCAGUUUGAUCUUGCGUUGGAACAAAAGCUGUGGCUUUUAGCAGCGUUCUGGUUUUUUUUUUUUCUUGAACUUUUGAUAUUUUUUGCACUUUUAUGUCUUUGAGGGGGAUAGUUUUUUGUAUCUUAGGUUCUGCUUCACAUUAUUCUAAGAGAAUGACAACCUACUCAUUUUUGAAGAAUAAUAAUAUGUUUUUAGAUUGCUUGCGACUGGAGGGAAAAGUUGAAAGCCGAGCUCAUGUAUAUGCUGAGGCUCAGAAAGAGGCAAAGAGAAAAGAAUACCAUGGAUUACUGUUUUCAAAACAUCAAGAUAUGGUGCUUAAUUUGUGCCUUCUGCAUGGUGUUUUUUUUUCUGGAAGUUGAAAGCCAUUUCAGUUUGUGUUGAACUUGGUAUUUGUACAGAAGCAUGAAGGUUUGUCAAGAGAUCAGAAACUCCCCCUUUGUCUUCCCUGUUGGACUGUGAAUUAUCUGCAAGGCAGGAAUCAAAUCCUGCUCUGUGUAGUAGCGUAGGAACAUCCACACUCUUAGUACAAAGUAAUUGGUCAGGGAUUUGAUCUGUAAAUGGCUAGGAGUGGAAAGGGAUUUUGGCAUGGUGCUAAGUUCUGCUGUGCUACCUUGUCUGUAGGAAAUCUUCAGGUGAAGUAGUUGAUUAUUAAAUCUCUGAGCCAAUUCCCUUGCAGAUAAAGUCUACUUUUAGUACCUGUGAUCCAAUUUAAGGAAUUGGUCCUGAAUGGCAUGAUGUUAAGGCCUCAUGUUUAUGAAUAAGGCGGUGAAAAGACCAGAAGCAGAGAGGGAACGUGAAGCAGUUUUAGAAAUCAUAGGAAAAUUCGGGUUGGAAGGGACCUCAGGAGGUCAUAUAAUUAAUCCAAAUUCCUGCUCAAAGCAGAGUCAACACUGAAAUGAAAUCAAGUUACUCAACGUUGUCUAGGCUGGUCUUGAAAACUUCCAAGGAUGGAGACUGCACAGCUUUUCUGAGCAAUCUAUUUUACUGCCUGUCCUCAUGUUGAAGAAGCUUGUCCUCAUAUCUAGUCUGAAUCUCUCUUGUUUCAGCUUUUGCCUGUUUUCUCUUAUCCUUACCCCAUGCACCGCUGUGAAGAC